CGGGGAGCCGGCGGCGGCGGCGGCGCGGAAGAUGCCGCUGGGGCUGUGGAGCAAGAAGAGGGGCAAGUCCAAGGAGACCUCCAAGCUGGUGGAGAGCGACGCGGCCCCGGCCACCCCGCCGCCGCCAGCCGCGGCCCCGGCGUCGGCCCCGCCGGCGCGGCUGCGCUUCCACGCGCAGCUGGCGCACGGCAGCGCCACGGGCCGCGUGGAGGGCUUCGCCAGCGCCCGCCAGCUCUACGCGCAGAUCGCCGAGGCCUUCGGCAUCCCCCCCGCGCAGAUCAUGUUUUGCACUUUGAACACUCAUAAAGUUGAUAUGGACAAGCUCUUAGGAGCACAAAUUGGCCUUGAAGACUUCAUAUUUGCCCAUGUAAAAGGACAACGAAAAGAAGUGGAAGCUCUUAAAAGUGAGGAUAUGCUUGGGCUUACUAUUACGGACAAUGGGACUGGCUGUGCAUUUAUAAAGCGAAUUAAAGAAGGAAGCCUAAUGGACCAAAUCAAAACAGUCUGCGUGGGUGAUCACAUAGAGUCUAUAAAUGGAAAAAAUGUGUCAGAUUAUCGGCAUUACGAAGUUGCCAAGAUGCUAAAAGAUCUGGAGAAAGGUCAGAUGUUUAAGCUGGAGUUGAUAGAGCCCAUGAAAGCAUUUGAAAUGUUGGAACCAAGGUCACAAGGUAGAACUCUGCCAGAGGCUAAAAUCUCCAAAGGGAAAGAAACGCUUCGACUGAGAACGAAAGGCCCUGCCACUGUGGAGGAAAUGCCAUCAGAAGCUGAAGAAAAAGCAAUAAAAAAGGUGGAUGAACUUCUUGAAACAUAUAUGGGAAUAAGAGACCUUGAAUUAGCUGCAACAAUGGUGGAAGCUGGAAGAGACAAGAAAAACCCGGAUGAAUUUGCAACGGCAUUGGAUGAAACUCUUGGGGAUUUUGCUUUUCCAGAUGAGUUUGUCUUUGAUGUAUGGGGAGCGAUAGGUGAUGCUAAGCAAGGGCGACUUGAAUGAAAACUGUACAGUUUAUCAAUCCCUGUUUGAAAAUAGAAAACUAUUUUCAAAUACAUAUAUCAGAAUUUUUUAUUGAUGUCAACCUAUGAUGGUCUAUGUUAGUAUUCUUGUCAGAAACUUUUGUUUUGCAAAGGAAGGUUUCCAGCAGAAAUUUGGAGAUAAGCCCAAAGUUCUGACAACUGCAUGUUCAAAAGAAACAAUUUAUAUGCAGAAAUCAUUGUGAGGAGUGGGAAAAAGAUAUAUAUACAUAUAUAAUAUGUGUGUGUGUAUAUAUAUGUGUAUAUAUAUAUGUAUAAAAAUUUUAUGAAAAUUAGGUGUUUCUAAUUGUACCCAUAGUCUGAUAUCAACAUUCAGAAGAGUGUUAGACAUGCACCAAAGAGUUUGGAUUAUUUUAUCUCUUCUGAAGAAAGGUUUAUAAACUAGAUGAAACACUACCCAGCUAUACACUGCAAUUCCUGGUCUUCUGUUGUCCUUAUGUUUGCAAGCACACAGAGUUGUGGAAAACUUGAAACCUCAGGUUUUCUUACUCUUUGGCCUGGAAGUAGUCUUUUCUGUAGAGAGUGUUUGGAAGAAGCUACCCUAUUUCUGGAGAAGUUGACUUCAGGGAAAAAAAAAUGUCCUUUGAAACGUAAGAGGUAAGAUCUUCAUUCAAGUCAUAAUACACACUGUCUACAUACUACUAAGAUGAACAGAUAGUAGAAAUGCUUGAAACAGAUAGGAAGCUGCUGCUUUACUCUCAGAUGCCAUAUUAUUGCAAUAGUAAUUGAGUAUGAAGAAACAAAUGUUAAUUUUGAUUAUUAUUCCUAUAAUUGAAGAAUACCUGUCAUGUGGUGCUGGAAGCCAUAGCAUAUGACUGAUCAAGGGCUCGACUGAUCUUUGCAUGUGCUAAAUGCUUUGCUGAGAGCAUAUGAAGUUCCUCCUUUUGUUUUUUUUUGUUUUUCUUCAUGUGGCAAUGUAGGAGAGACAUUUAAAAAGGUGUUCAAAACUGGAGGUUUUUUUUCAUGCAAUCUGUGGUUGUUUGCAUUUUACACAUUGUUGUAAAAUCUCAAACAAUCACAGAUUGGAUGAAAAUGCAUGCCUAAAACCUAAAAAUAUAUUUAACUCAUUUUAGAUGUUUGGUUUUCAAAUCAUGUUGUACAUAAACAUAUUUCCUUUUAUGAUAAUGUCUUACUAGUAAAUCACAGAUUAUUAAAAAUAAACUGUCUCUUUCAAUGCUUCCACUAGGCCUUUGUUUAUACUCCUGUUCGCUUUGUUUUUAAUCAAGAGCAAUGGAACAAGUUUUGUUUUUGCUUAUAGCUGGAUUCAUUUUCAAUUUUUGCUGUGCUUGGUUUUAAUCAAGGCAGAUGUCUGCUCGUAUGUUUAGAAACAGCUACUUCCAGUUGAUUAUUUUACUGAUUCUGAAGUUAAAAAGAAUAUAUAUAUGUUUAUGUAAUUUAUAUUUUAGCCAAAUAACAUGUAACAAGUGUCCUUGAAGACAAAGUAGAGCAAGAAUGUGGGGCCUGACCUGGGAAGAUAUCAUGUAGUAUUUUUAUAUUUGCACAAGUAUAUAAAAUAAUAUGUAUUAGAAAAGUGUAUUUUCUAAAUCACUAUCUAGUUACUUUUCUUCUGAGGAAAAUGUCUUUCACUGUCUUGUAGAGAUCUCCUUUUAAAUUAAAAUAAAGACUAUGCCAAGAAUCUCA